GAGCUUCCAGAGAGUAGAGCUCAGGACGCCGACACGGGCGCGUUUCCCUCCUCGUCAGUCGUCCACGCUCGUCAUCAUUCGUAGGCUCGACUCCGUUCGCAGGCGCGACGGCCGGCUGCACUUCUCCUCGGUUGCACUUAGCUGCACACGCUCCGCACUUCGUUCCGACACGUCGAGCGCGCACGCACAGCACCGGCGGCUAUCGACUCACGUACGCGACCCAGAAAAGCGGACCCAGGACUUGAAGAGAUCGGGAGACAUCGGCAAAGAAAGAGAGCGAAAACACGAUGAGGGAGAUCGUGCAUCUGCAGGCCGGCCAAUGCGGCAAUCAGAUCGGCGCAAAGUUCUGGGAAGUUAUUUCCGAGGAGCACGGCAUCGACCAGUCGGGCAUUUAUCACGGAGACAGCGAUCUGCAGCUCGAGCGAAUCUCCGUAUAUUACAAUGAAGCAUCUGUCGCAACGUCGACAAACGGUGGCAAGUAUGUGCCGCGCGCCAUCUUGCUGGACCUGGAGCCCGGAACGAUGGACGCCGUUCGCUCCGGCGCUUACGGGAAACUCUUUCGACCCGACAAUUUCGUGUUCGGACAGUCCGGUGCUGGCAAUAACUGGGCGAAGGGCCAUUACACCGAGGGUGCCGAGUUGGUGGACUCUGUCCUCGACGUGGUGAGGAAGGAAUGCGAGAACUGCGACUGCCUUCAGGGCUUCCAGCUCACCCACUCGCUGGGAGGUGGUACCGGCUCCGGGAUGGGCACCUUGCUAAUCUCCAAGAUCCGCGAGGAAUACCCCGACCGGAUCAUGAAUACUUACUCGGUGAUGCCAUCGCCAAAAGUGUCCGACACGGUCGUGGAACCUUACAACGCGACGCUGUCGGUGCAUCAAUUAGUGGAGAACACCGACGAGACCUACUGCAUCGAUAACGAGGCCUUGUACGACAUCUGCUUCCGCACAUUGAAGGUUUCCAAUCCGAGCUACGGCGAUCUCAAUCACCUGGUCUCGCUCACCAUGUCCGGAGUGACCACUUGCCUCAGGUUUCCCGGCCAGUUGAACGCCGACUUGCGGAAACUCGCGGUGAACAUGGUGCCUUUCCCACGUUUGCACUUCUUCAUGCCGGGUUUCGCGCCUCUUACGUCCAGGUCCAUGCAACAGUACUCGGCGCUUUCCGUGCCAGAGCUCACCCAGCAGAUGUUCGACGCGAAGAACAUGAUGGCGGCCUGCGAUCCUCGCCAUGGCCGGUACCUCACCGUGGCGGCCGUUUUCCGCGGCAGGAUGUCCAUGAAGGAGGUGGACGAGCAGAUGCUGAGCGUGCAGAACAAGAACAGCUCGUACUUCGUCGAAUGGAUACCGAACAACGUGAAGACUGCGGUCUGCGACAUCCCGCCCAAGGGGCUGAAGAUGUCGUCGACCUUCAUCGGCAACACCACCGCCAUUCAGGAGCUGUUCAAGAGAAUCUCCGAGCAGUUCACGGCGAUGUUCAGAAGGAAGGCCUUCCUGCACUGGUAUACAGGCGAAGGUAUGGACGAGAUGGAGUUCACCGAGGCGGAGUCGAACAUGAACGACCUGGUGUCCGAGUACCAGCAAUACCAGGAAGCCACGGCCGAGGAAGACUUCGAAACGGAGGAGUGUGCCGACGACUUUGAGACUUGCGAGCAGGAAUGAAGUCAACGCGACGCUUCCUCCUUCUGAAUUCAUCUUCAGCUUCUCUAUCCGUCAUCGUAGGAGCUCCCACGAUCGAUCGUGCGCUCUCGAGGAGCAGUCUUUUGAUAUUUUUAUAUACGAUGCGCUUUGUAAUUGAGACGGCGAAUGUAAUACAAGCGUCCGAGAUCGCUUUCCUUUUUCCCUCCUGUUUUUGUGAUACUCGAGUGUUUUUGCAAAGGGUACGUCCAGGUACAGACGAACGAAUUCAGAGGCAACUACAACAAUCGCGAAUGAUCGUAUAAUUAGAAUGCGGCGAGGCUUCUCCGUUUCGUUCACCUCGGAUACGCUUGUAUUACAUUCGGCCUCACUAGUGAUAAUUAUAUGAAUCUUGAUAUGUCGCUUGGAUGAACGUGGCAUGGACUGGAUUGCAAUAAAAAUCCUUGGAAAAUCA